GAACGACUGGCGGAAUCCCACUUCAAAACGCCUCCGCUUUUGCCCUUUUUCGAUUUUUUUUCUUGCUUUUCUUUCUUAAUUAUUUCUCCAUGUUCACAUCUCUGGCCUGCCUCCACUUUCCACCGAAAUGACCCACCUUGACUUUAUAAUCAGCUCGCUCUUUUUCUCCCUAUAGCUGUCCCUAGAGAGAUCUCUGUUUCUCCAAAUACAGCUAGUUAGAACAUCUGGAAGGGGGAAUUGGACCAUAUGGAGUUUUGAUACUGUCUAGAAAAUGAAUUAUGGAUCAAAGAACUAGAACAAGUUAGGAUGCAAGACUCAUUAGGUGAUCAUGGGGGGAGUUAACUGCCAUACAAUCAGAUGUCUUCAAGAGGACUUAGAACUGCUAAUGCCAUGUUUACCAGUAAGAGCUCUAUCUAUGGGCCUAAGGAUGAUGGGUUUGAGACUCGAAGCUCCGAAUCUUCAGUCAGUAGGCCUAACUUCGAGACACAUUUUGCUUCAAGAAAAUUGAAAGCGGACAACAAUGCUGACUAUUUUCAAGACCGAGAGACUAUGGAACUUUAUUCAAAGGCCAAUGCUCAAAAAGGGGAGAUCCUUCUUCUUCGUGAACAAAUUGCAGUUGCCUGUGUUAAGGAAUUGCAGCUUUUGAACGAGAAGUAUGCCUUGGAGAGAAAAAUUUCUGACUUACGGAUGGCAAUUGAUGAGAAGCAAAAUGAAGCUAUCUCUUCUUCUUCAAAGGAAUUAGCUCAAAGAAAAGGCAAUCUCGAAGACAAUUUAACAUUAGCUAAGGACUUGAAGGUUGUAGAGGAUGAGAGAUAUGUCUUUACGUCGUCCCUGCUUGGAUUGUUGGCUGAAUAUAGUAUUUGGCCCCAUGUCAUAAAUGCUUCUGCUAUUUCCAACUGUGUAAAGCUUCUAUAUGAUCAACUGCAAUGGAAGAUUAGAACUUCACAUGGUCAGCAUGGUUUUUCUCCUUAUAAUCACCAUAUAGAUGAACAGCGCCCGGGACCAUUUGAUAAUAUGUCAAGGGCGGUUGCUGGCCCUAUUAGCUCAUUUGACAAUGAGCCUGUAAGGACUGAAGAGAAAACCAAUGGCACCUUGUUUCAUCCUCCCAGCACUCAAGGCCAGAUGGUUUCAGAUGGUCCACUUCAUAAGUUCAAGGGCCAACAUGACUUUUCCUCAUAUAAUCACUAUAUAGAUGAACAGAAUUCAGGUCCAACUGAUAAUAUGUCAAGGAACGUUGCUGGUCCUAUUCCGUAUGGUUCAUUUGACAAAGGUUUCACAGACAUGAGAGCAGAAGAGAAUAGUAAUGGCAUCUUGUUUCAUCAUCCCACCACAUCUGAGCAGAUUGCUUCCAGUGAUUCAGAAGAAGAGCACCCUGGAAUAGACGGUUUUCAAAUCAUUGGAGAUGCUAAACCAGGAUGCGGACUUCUAGCAUGUGGUUUUCCUGUACGAGGGACUUCUCUUUGUAUAUUUCAGUGGAUUCGGCAUCUUCAAGAUGGCACAUUACAGUAUAUUGAAGGUGCCACAAAUCCAGAAUAUGUAGUCACUGCUGAUGAUGUCGAUAAACUGAUUUCUGUUGAGUGUGUUCCAAUGGAUGACAAUGGCCGUCAGGGGGAAUUAGUAAAACGUUUCGCCAAUGAUCAAAACAAAAUAACAUGUGACCCAGAAAUGCAACUGAUGAUUGACUCACAUAUAUCUAAAGGUCAUGCUAUGUUUAGUGUUUUGCUGCUGAUGGAUUCUCUUGAUAAUUGGGAAGCUGCAACUCUCAUUUUGAGACGGUCAAGCUACCAAGUGAAGGUCAAUAGUACAGAAACUUCGCCGAUUGCAGAGAACUUUUCAAAGCACUUAUCAAUCAAAAUUCCUUCUGGGCUCUCAGCGCAAUUUGUUUUAACAUGUUCUGAUGGAUCUUCCUAUCCUUUUAAUGCGUACAAUGAUGUAGGAAUGCGUGAUACUAUCGUGUUGACCAUGAGAAUGUUCCAAAGCAGGGCAUUAGACGAGAAGAGGAAAGGAAGAGCAUAGAUCAUCUUCGCCCUUUUGAGCACAAUGGUCUUAGUAUUUAUUCUUGGAGGAAACAGAACAAUAAAAGUCCUCAUUAAGGUUUGUAAUAUAUGUAACUAAACCUUGUGUAACAGUGCCAAUAAAAGAAGAGCCCUCCUCCUGGCCGGGUGGGAGCUUAAAAAAAAGGUGGGAUAGUCGUAGGGAGAAAUUAUUUGAAAGGAGAAGAAUACUGUGACUGAUAGAUUCUACAAACAAAUGAAGAUACAGUGAAAAAGACAGUUUUGAGAUGAGAGAGAUGCUGAUAAUCUGAAUUAUGAUCAUUCCAUUACCUUAUUUCUAUGGUUUUGGUUGUUUGAGAA